AAUUUUAACAUUCGCGAAAAUGAGUAAACAAGCGAUGAGUGUAAUGUCUUCAAAGCUGGGCAUUUCCUCACAUAGAACGAUACAGAAGGCGAAGGAAUUACAACAGCUGAUGGAUAUACGUGUUGGCAGUGGAUCGCUGACAGCACUUGGUAUCACAGGAUCAUGCCCACUUAUCAUGUGUCUGGACCUGGCAGCCUCGUCCACUGGACAGCCUAUCACUAAGACAGAAGCCAUUCGUCUUUCUGGUGUGAAUAAGAAAGUGUAUUCCAAUGGUCUGAGGGCCCUGGAGAGUAUGUUGGAGAUUGAGGUCAAACAAACUAUCAAAGACCUUGCUGUACAGUUUGGCUGUUCAGGGGCAGUAACUCUAGCUGAACAGGCCCUUCAGAGAUAUGAAGAAAGUCAUAACAGUAAGUCCUGUUCUCAGAUGGACUUCUCUGCCCCUAUGUUCCAAGCCUCAGCUCUGUAUGCUGCCUGCAGGAAAUUGAAGACAAAAGUUGAUAGAAAAAAAAUUGUGGAGGUGUGUGGAAUCAAGCGGACAACUUUUGAUCGCCUGGUGGCAGAUCUUGAAAAACAAGUGGAGACAAUCAUUGGUGAACAAAGCAAGGUGAAAUCAACCAAUCAAAAACGGCGACAGUCGUUGAUGGAUGAUGUUGAGCGUCAUAUGAAAGAGGAGGAAAGUAAACGAACAAAGAUUGAAGAUUCAGAGGAGAGUGGUGGAAAUGUUGAUUAUAAAGACUGGAAAAGGAGAAUUCUAGAGAAAGCUUUAAAAGCUAAAGAGACAGCUAUGGCAGAUAAGGACACAAAUAAUGCUGAUGACUCUUGAUGUUUCUACAUUUGAAUAUGAGGUCACAUUUGAAUAUGAGGUCUAAUUUGGAGCAUUUUUGAGAUAUAAAGUUACAGACACCAAUCUUUAAAUAUUUCCUGUGGUAUAUAUGUGGAUUGAUAACUGUUUUACCUUACUAAGACACCAACCUCCAAACGUCAUUUGCAAUAUAAUUUGUAUUUAAAGCAAUAUGCUACAAUUAUCAGUGGUACAAAUCUCCUUUUGAAAGAGCUCCACUUUUGUCAGUGUACAAAAUGUUCUUGUUAUGAAUGGUUCUGUGAACUUGUGAGAAAUUAAUGCCUGCAGAAUUUCGACAAGUUUAAAUUUUCUUGGCAAGUAAUUCUGAUAAGUCAGGAAAUCUUUAAAUGUGUGAUGAGACAUUUCAAGUUUAUUUACAAACUAGUUUCGCUUACUAGCCUCAAAAAUAUGGCCGUCCGCAUAUUAGGUCAUAUUGCUUCUCUCAGCUUUCCUCUGCAUUCCAUCUUCUUUACGACAUCACAGUCUUUGGAACAGUUAAUAUUUAUGUGUACUGAUAAAACAAUUGCAGGAAAGUUGUUUUCCUUCUUUGAAUCUUUGCAUCGGAGUUGGAGAAAAAAGAAACCCAACUCAUUCUGAGUAAUUUUCAAAUUCAGGGCCUGCGACCCCUUAAUUACAGAGUUAUUGCCCUGUAAUGUAAAAUAAUUUAUUUUUGUAGGGAAUUUCAUACAUUUGUUUUACUGUGUACUUUUAGUCCAUGAUUUCAU